AAUCUCUUAAGUGAAUCGAAAUUUUUCGACGUUGUUAAAAAGUUUAAUUAUUUAGUGAAUUAUAAAAUGGCACUUGUACCAUCAAAUUACUGGCGUGAUUGGUGGGAAGAUGUUGAGAGGCCUCAUCGUUGGCUGGAUCAGCACUUUGACCUUACUAUUCGCCGAGAUAGUUUAGUAAAGCCACUCACUACACCAUAUUUCCGUGAUUAUUUCCGACCUUGGAGAAAUUUAUUGGACGAAGUGAGUACGGAUCUGGGUAAAAUCGAAAGUGACAGCGACAAAUUUCGUAUAACCGUUGAUGUUCAGCAAUUUUCUCCACAUGAAAUAAUUGUCAAAACUGUUGGAAAUUCUAUAAUCGUCAAAGCUGAGCAUGAAGAGAAGAGAGAUUCACGUGAAUUUAUUUCCAAGAAAUUUAUGAGACGAUACGAUCUCCCAAAAGGACAUGACAUUACUCGAGUUAUGUCUAGUCUAUCAACCGAUGGGGUAUUGACUAUAACAGCUCCGAAAUUUUCUGCUCCCAUACGAGGCGAAAGGAUCGUCCCCAUCAACCGGACAUAUUUUCCUUCGAUUAAAUUUUAAGCGUCAGCUUAUCAAUUAACUGAAUAUUGAUGACAUCAAGACAAUUGGUCAUUUGAUUUCGUUUUUUUUAUGGGGCUAAUAAUUUAUUUCAUCCAAGUGAUGAAAAUUAAUUUAAAUAAAUAAAAUGGUUAAAAAAAUGUAGAUAAAUACUAAACUUUGUAUCUUUCUGUUAG